AUGGGAGAUGGCGUAACGUUAGCAGAUUUUGAUAAUACUGAACAAGGAUUAUACAGCGAUAUACCAAAGAAACCAUCUUCAGAUUUUCUGAUUUAUCACUUUAAAGGAAUUAAUUUUCAUGAGCUUUCGAUGACUACUUUAGAUUAA